CAGAAAAACAUGUUUACCUGUGCCAAAACAAAGAAUAUGAAGAACGUGGUGCAGGGUAAUCAUCAGAGACGAUAAAAUUGCCUGCUUGGGAAAUACUAUUGUAAGCAAUCCUGUAAAUAUCAUUUUGAUGUUAGUAGGUAUGGCUCGAGUCGGGUAUCAUCCAAUUUUUAUUACUAUGGUGGAAUUUGAAAAAACAUGUUCAAACAUACUUUGAUGUGCCUUAAGAACCGAUUCAGGUGCAGCUACAUGUGAAAUCCGGAAGGGGAAUAUCCUUGAACCGUGUCGGAGACGACGUGGAGAUGCAUAGCCGUGGUUCAGAAACCAAAAAACCUGGUGAAAAGUGCAAACAAAUUUUAUAAUCAAAUACUGUCACGUUUUAAUAAUCAGCUGUAUUGAGAUGUGGCAAAAUGGAUUGCAGAGUUGAAUCCAUGGCCCUGAAGACCGACUUAAAUCCCAAUGAAAUCUACGACUCCUCUGGAAUUAUAAAGAGCGGCCAAGUGAUGUUGUACGACCGAUCUUUGAUGUUCUAUUCUCGGGACAUCUCUCAGGAUGAAUGCUCCAUAGUACUAAAUCCUGCCCAACAUCAAAACCUGGAUCUUCCUGAAAUUGUGCUGGAUGGCGACUAUUUCCAAUUCGACAGCGUACCCAGUAUGCGACCUAAUCAUCAGUCCGGCCAAGAUCUGACUGUGCUGGAGAUCCUUUACAACAACGACCAAGUUCCUGAUCAACCCGAGUUCGUAGACGUUGAUCAGUUGACAGAUUUAGAUACACUCGAACCUGCUACUGCUACUUCAACAAUUUCGUCUGCCAUACAUGAAGAAAACGAAAAAGAUGAUGAUGACGACGUAAUAUUCGUCAAGGAAUACAAACACAAUGAAAUCAUAAAGGAAGAAACUGGCCGACAAGUUGAAUUUGGAAGCCCGUACAGUAGAUCAAAUCAGGUGAAUCUUCCAAAAGUGAGAAGAAACCCUGUGAGAACAACGAGGAACAAAUCGAGGGACUUUUCUAUGGAAGUUUUAUAUGAGGAAGAUUUUGCUUUCCUGGACUCCACUGAUGAUGAAGAUGACUUCAAAGAAAAUAAGGUAUUGAGAUCCCCAUGCAUAGGAUCCUUAUCUUGGACAUCCUGUAUAUAUAGAGAGAGUUUCGCAUUUUUUACUUACAACAAGACGAAGUGCAUUAUCGUGUACCAGCACCUACAUAUACUUAUGGCAUGCUUUUGUUUUAGCCAUCUAAGAAAAAUUGCGAUCACUUAGAAUUGCCGAAAGAAUGGCCCAUUGAUGUUCACGAACGUCCAGAGUACAAUUACAAAACCCAACAAAUCGAAUCCUUUGACUUUACAAUUCGAGAGAUUCAGAAAAAGGUCCCUCCUAAGAAACCCAGAUUAGAAACUGUACCAAUCCGAAGAAAAUCCAACAAAAAAUACCUCUCCAGAAAAAAGAAACCUAAAGCUGUAGUAGAAAAGAAGACUCCUUUGAAAGAUCUCCAGCCUUUGGUGAAGAGCACGAACGCGCUGUUGAGAGAUUUUUUCAGAUCUCUUAGAGAUGAUAGGCAUUUGAUAAAAAGAGACAAGAAUAAUCUUCAUGAGCGCGUGCAAAUAUUGAGAAACCAGGCUAUGUUGUCUUCGCUUGUUAAUGGCGAUCAAGUAGAUGAAGCUUUGAAAAAUCUAGACCGUUGCUUCAAGGAAUAGAUAAACUAAUAUUACUGUCCAAAAUGUAGUUUUUAUAUAAAAGUUACAUUUCAUAAAGAAUCCAUUGAAAAUUGAUUUAUUUAAAAUGAAGUGUUGUACUGCUGGCUUAAAUUGUUAUAAAUUAAUCUUCCAAUAAAUGAUUCGAUAAUGACACUAAA